GGCCGCGGUGACCGUUGGAGCUGCGGGCGCGUGCUGUGCCGCCGCCAUGGAGACGCUGUACCGGCUGCCGUUCGCCGUGCUCGAGUGCCCCAACAUCAAGCUGAAGCGGCCGGGCUGGGUGCACAUGCCCUCGGCCAUGACCGUCUACGCGCUGGUGGUCGUCUCCUACUUCCUCAUCACCGGAGGGAUUAUCUACGAUGUGAUCGUGGAACCUCCCAGUGUUGGGUCUAUGACAGACGAACAUGGGCAUCAGAGGCCAGUGGCCUUCUUGGCCUACAGAGUAAAUGGGCAAUAUAUUAUGGAAGGACUCGCAUCCAGUUUCCUGUUCACAAUGGGGGGCCUAGGAUUCAUAAUUCUUGAUCGAUCAAAUGCACCAAAUAUCCCUAAGCUAAACAGAUUUCUCUUGCUUUUCAUUGGAUUUGUAAGCGUCCUUUUGAGCUUCUUUAUGGCCAGAGUCUUCAUGAGGAUGAAAUUACCGGGCUACUUGAUGGGUUAAUACUUCUUGUGGUGUAUGAAAGCCCAAGCAGAAUUUGCUCCACUUGAAGUGUUUAAGAAGCAGCAGCAAUUGACAAAUUCCAUAGUUCACUGUCAACGGAAAAAAGGACCUGCUUCAGACAUCYGGGAAAAGGCUGCUGUCUCUGCAAACAAACUUUCAUUACCAAUGGCUGAUUUGGGUUUAAAAUGGCAUUUUAUUGUUCCUGUUCUAGAGCUUCUGGAAAGAGAAAGUUAUCCAAAUAGUUCUUGUUUAACCCUGCUUCAUUAUGAAACAGUGAAUCCAGCUUUAGCUCUGCCCUGAAAUCAGUAUUAGCCAUUGGUUUGAUUUUUUUUUUUAUUGCAGGUUCUGUCCCCUAUUCCCUGUGUGGUAAGACUUGAAUUGGGGAAGAAAUACAUGAAACUUGUCUUUCCAGGUUAUAAUUUAGGAAAAAAAGAAAAAACCAAAUCCACCAAUCUUUGGAUGCUUUGCAGUUAAAACACAGUGUGUCUGAAAUUAUUUCAAAGGCGUCUUUUGCCUUAAUCGCUCUGUAUGAGCCAACUGAGAUAUGCACUGGGAAAGAGAAAAACUGUAUGAACGUGCAUUUCUUUUUUUUGAAAUGGUGUACGAAAGGAAACAAAUAAAACUUAUUUUCUACAAAGUUAUUUGGAUUCUAUUCUAUUUCUGAAACAUUCUUUUUUCUUGAGUAAGCACAUCUUAUAUACAUCUUAUAUUACAUCCAGGCUUGAGAUGCUGUUACCUGCCAUCAUAAUUUUUGCUUCAUCUUUCACUACUGAGUAGUAAUUUCUUUGUGAAGUACCAAGGACAAGACAUCUCUCAAAUCUCUUUUUUUUUCUUCUUUCUCCUGCCUCCCUCCUGUGAGCUUGUACUGUAUCCAAAUGAUACACUGUUAUCAGUUGCCAAGGUGAAUUCAUUUAGUUCUGGAAUUGUUGUUUUUGUGUGUGAGAGACUGGGUUUCAACUUCAUUUUAAAAGUCUGAGGCAAUAUUACCACUAUGUUUCGUCAAUAAAAUUAUGUAUUGAAUUCUGKGGGAAUGAAAGAUUCCUUUAGAACUCCAUAAAUAUCUUUUGCAAGCUGUAUGUGUUCGAAGUGCUGUUCUCAUUUAUAUAGUAAUUGUCAUUGAGAAACCUAUUUACUGAUCUUUGCCUUUUUUUUUGCAUCACUGUGAAAUGUCUAAGUAUUGCUGUCCAUAUUCCUCAUU